AUCAAGUUUAAAAACAGCGCACACUACAUGUAGUCACACUAGUCUUCACCAACCAUGAUUUCUCGAUCAAUUACCAAUCCAAGACGACAUGAGAGCUACCCGAGGAGGCUACAGACCUUCCCACUGGAGCGCCACGUGGGCCUCGUGCGCCGCCCAGGUGGGAUCAUAUCCGUGCCAGGAAGGCUGCCCGAGAACGGCGACGUUUCGAAAACACAGAAACUGACAAAGUUGCUGCUUAACGUGAACAUUGAGCGGACGUUUGGGCCGGUGCAGGUGGUGAUGACGAUGGAGGAUACGGUGAGGGAUCUGAUAAGGGCGGCGGUGGAGAUUUGUGUGAAGGAGAAGAGGAGGCCGUUGUUGAAGGAGACUGAUCCGGACUUGUUUCAACUUCACUACUCCCAGUUCAGUUUGACAAGUUUGAAAGCAGAUGAUAAUUUGAGAAGCUUAAGGUCUAGGAAUUUCUUUCUGUGCAUGAAGCCAUCUACUGCUUCUUCAUGUUCAAAGGGAGCAAAGAUGGCAAACCAAACCUCCUUCCCUUUCACAAGUUUCAUGGAUUUCUUGCUAUAAAUCUAAUUUGCAACCA